GGAACCAUGAGAGCAACUCAUCUGGUGAUCACUUGUGGUUUUCACGGCGCUAAAGUCUCUUUUCAUCUGAUCUGAGAACAGUUUUGAGGUUUCUUUUUCGUUUAUUUUGAUUAGAUCGAGCUGGUCCUAUAUCUGUGUGGUUAUAAAAUGACUACCGAGGAGUGGUUGUGCAGCACAUUUAAACUUUGUAAUCUUGUCACUUCUUCAGAGUCUGGUCACUCUGGUGAUUCCAUGCAGAAAGUAAUCAACAGCGAUUCAUAUCCACAGCCUGCUUAUAACCCAUCAUCUAUCCAACUUACUUUGGAAACUUACAGUCGGCUACUGGAUAAAACAUCAGAAUUAAACAUGAAACAUAUCGAUCAAAAGGUGAUGGAACUAGACAAUGAACAGAUAGAGUCUAUUGACCACUUUGCACAGAUGACAGCCAAAUCUGUCAUAGAUUCAGCUAUGAUGACAGGAGAAUACCAUCUUGACAACAUAUGCAAUCUAACUGACCCAAGAGAAUCCAUCAAAGUUAGAGGAAAUGACGUGGAUAUGUUAGCUGAGGAGCUAACAUUACAAGUCUGUUGCAAAGCUUUGCAAGAGAUGGGGAAAUCAUCCAAAGAAAGAGGUUAUAAAGAGGCUAUGGAGGGAAUUUGCGAAAAUGCAUCUGUCAUGUGUGCCUCGGGGUACCACUGUGAUGAAAACACAUCUGAAAUGGAAACCAAGAUGGAGGAAUAUGAUGAAGCAUCUGGUACCACAGUAUAUGCCACUGCCUUGAACAGCAUGGCCAGUCUGGGCUCUAUUGACUACCCUGAUGCUCCUCCAAGCACCCCUUUACUUCCAGAGAUGAUGAAGAGCCGAGCCAGUUUUACAAGGAAGCUAAAGGGGGGAUUGGCUAAAGAGUUCCUUCCUUCACCCCCUCCUCCAACCCCCAAAGACCAGAUGCAAUCCUUAUUGGCAAACCAGAUGACAGACACCUCUGCUGACAAAUCAGACUUCAUGGUAAGACUGUUGCACUCACUGUCAUUAGAGUACUGUCAACAUGAAGGUGUAGGAGAAGAGGAUGCUGAAGAAGUUGAUGAUGGUGGACAUCAAAAUGAGAUUCCUAGACUGUAUGACUACGCAGCACAAUUGUCUGCAGAUAUUCUGCAUUGUAUUACCGCAAACACGAUAGAAGUAAAUGGAGAGGGUUCUAUGAAACGAGUGCAAGCUACUGCUUAUCAACUGGUGGAUGACAUUUUCGUAAUGUCUUUUGCAGAGCUGAUUGAAAGGGAGAAAAUUGAAAGUAUAAGAGACACCUCAUUUAUGAAGGAAGAAGCAACAUCAUAUUCAACCCACAAGCCCACCAUGGUAGACAUGGCUUCAGUGUUAGAUACUGCUUCUCAACAAAGACCCAGCAUGCAAUUUUCUGCAGCGGAGGGAGUGAAUGUUUUAGCUAGUGAGCUAAUCCUUAAUGCCAUGGUUCAAGCUUUUGCUAAUCUAAAACAGGGUGUGUUUAAACAUGGAACCCAUCCACAUUUUUUGGGCCAAGCAACAGAACUACAACCAUGGGAAAAAGGAAGAUAUUCAAACACACAUUUGUGUACAGACUCGAUCCAGUCCCACAAUGCCAAAACCUUCAGUUGCUGUAACAAUAAAUCCGAAUUGAAUCCUAUUACAUUUGACAGCAGUAACAUGACAUCGUCAGCAGUAUACACAUUUGCGGAGAACUUCGCAGAAGAUUCUGUAGGUGAUGCUUCCAGCUUACUGUUAAACUUUAGGAAAUUGCAGAGAACACAUGUCGAAGUUGGUUCACAGAAAGACAUUAAAUCGUGCAUAAUCAAGACGCAUGCUGAGGAAAGUCACGAUGUUCAGGAACUGCAGUGUGCGCUACUUUGGGCUGCAGCCUCUCAGAAAGGGAUUUCAGCACUUCAGUUUCAUCUACCAGACACAAGCCUUCAACACCAGCUUUGUAGACUCUCUCGGAGUGCCCAUGUGAAUGGCUGGACAGUGGGCGCUUUAAUGGCAUCACUCUACCAGUUUUGUGAUAUGCAGCAAGAGACCAGCAGAGGGCACUAUGAGAGCUCUGAUUCUCUCUUGGAGCAUCUGCAGUGCCUGAUUGACAGUAUAUGUUUAAACUGAUCAUUGACUAGCUUCACCCAUCCAAUUUCUGGUGUAGAACAUGCAGAAUUGGUCAUUGAUCAAUAUGACACCCAGCGAUUCCCCCAGAUAUCCAAAGAGGAAGGAAACAGCUGACACGAUCUUAAACAACACCACUCUCACAUCUUAAGCAUUAAAGGAUACAAGACCAUAACAAAGUAAUGCCAUACAGAUGAAUAUUCAGUAAUAAUUGAUUUAUUUUUGAGCCAUUAAAUAGGAAGCAGCUUUGACCCCUUAAAGAUGAAACUGCUGCGCACAUGCUGUCUGUUUAUACUGAGAUCUGCUUUCCUAACCUAAACGGCAAGCCACAGCCAUUAUUAGGAAAGUGGAAAUCUGAGCACAAAUUAGUUUUGAAGGUUACCUUCUAACCAAAACAGAGAGACACAUUUUUUAAUACGUUUCCUAUAUUCUGUGUGUUUCUCUAUUUUUAUAUUUUAACAAUAAUAAAAUGACUCAGUGAAUGCUGUAUUGUUGGAGCUGUUUUAAAAUUGAGAUGAUUGCUCUAAAUUGUUGCACAGGGCUUUGGAGGGUCUGUAAAAAGCAGGACUAUUUUACUGCAUCCCAUUUAUACUCCCCAAGCAGUGAUACCUAACAUGGCAGGAAUGCCCUUUGGUGAACUCCUGCCUCCCACUCACUCCCAAUGUUAGCGACCAUCGCCUGAAUUCAGGAACACACAUACAAUCUCACACAUACUCAUUCUUUGACCCUCUGCCUCUCUCUAUCACUCUCCCAGACACACUUUUUUAUUUCACUCGAUCUCUCCUGCACACACACACACAUUUUCUCAUCCACAUGGGAGACUGACUUCACAGCUGCAGUGUCAGUGAAGACACAAUGGCUUUUAGUCCAGCCCUGCUUUACACAUCUGGAGAAGUGUUUCUUCCAAUGUCUGAGGAACCUCUACUGCCAAAAAGAGAGAGUGAAAAAAAGGUGCAUAAGUAUAAAAGAUAUCAGGAAAGGGGAGGGAGCGAAAGAGAGUAGGGAAGAAGUGAUUGCAACAGAGCUGAGACAUAUAGAGCCGAAUGGAUCACAGGGUUUCUGGAAAAGAUCCCAACACUGAUUCCCCCCCUUUUCCCCAAACUAUGACGCAUCGAUUUAUUCUCUGCAAUGAGAGCCAGACACAUGUAAGGAAUUCCUUACACUAAACAGACCUUAAAGUACUCAUAAAUUUUCUAUUCAAAUCAGUCAAGUCUAGCAAACCAUUGAAGCACCUCAGAUUAGAUCAACAGCGAUGGUAAGCAGUCCUUUGUAUUUACAGUUGAAGUCAGAAGUUUACAUACACUUAGGUUGAAGUCAUUAAAACUCAUUAUUUAACCACUCCAAAGAUUUAAUAUUAGCAAACUAUAGUUCCGGCAAGUCAUUUAGGACAACUACUUUGUGCAUGACACGAGAAAUUUUUCCAACAAUUGUUUACAGACAGAUUGUUUCACUUUUGAUUGACUAUAUCACAAUUCCAGUAGAUCAGAAGUUCACAUUCACUAAGUUAACUGUGCCUUUAAGCAGCUUGGAAAAUUCCAGAAAAUGAUGUCAAGCCUUUACAAAAAUGGCCAAUUAGCUUCUGAUAGGAGGUGUACUGAAUUGGAGGUGUACCAGUGGGUGUAUUUUAAGGCCUACCUUCAAACUCGGUGCCUCUUUGUUUGACAUCGUGGGAAAAUCAAAAGAAAUCAGCCAAGACCUCAGAAAAAAAUUGUGGACCUCCACAAGUCUGGUUCAUCCUUGGGAGCAAUUUCCAAACAUCAGAAGGUUCCAUGUUCAUCUAUACAAACAAUAGUAUGCAAGAGUAAACACCAUGGGACCAAGCAGCCAUCAUACCGCUCAGGAACGACACACAUUCUGUCUCCUAGAGAUGAACGUAGUUUGGUGCAAAAAGUGUAAAUCAAUCCCAGAACAACAGUAAAGGACAAUGUGAAGGUGCUGGAGGAAACAGGUAGACACGUAUCUAUAUCCACAGUAAAAUGAGUCUUAUAUCGACAUAACCUGAAAGGCUGCUCAGCAAGGAAGAAGCCACUGCUCCAAAACUGCCAUAAAAAAGACAGACUACAGUUUGCAAGUGCACAUGGGGACAAAGAUCUUACUUUUUGGAGAAAUGUCCUCUGGUCUGAUGACACUAAAAUUGAACUGUUUGGACAUAAUGACCAUCAUUAUGUUUGGAGGAAAAAGGGUGAGGCUUGCAAGCUGAAGAACUCCAUCCCAACCGUGAAGCAUGGGGGUGGCAGCAUCAUGUUGUGGGGGUGCUUUGCUGCAGGAGGGACUGGUGCACUUCACAAAAUAGAUGGCAUCAUGAGGAAGGAAAAUUAUGUGGAUAUACUGAAGCUACAUCUCAAGACAUCAGUCAGGAAGUUAAAGCUCGGUCAUAAAUGGGUCUUCCAAAUGGACAAUGACCCCAAGCACACCUUCAAAGUUGUGGCAAAAUGGCUUAAAGACUACAAAUUCAAGGUAUUGGAGUGGCCAUCACAAAGACCUGACCUCAAUCCGAUAGAACAUUUGUGGGCAGAACUGCAAAAGUGUGUGCGAGCAAGUAGGCCUACAAACCUGACUCAGUUACACCAGUUCUGUCUGGAGGAAUGGGCCAAAAUUAUGGCAACUUAUUGUGAGAAGCUUGUGGAAGGCUACCCAAAACAUUUGACCCAAAUUAAACUAUUUGAAGCAAUGCUACCAGUUACUAACAAAGUGUACGUAAACAUCUGACCCACUGGGAAUGUGAUGAAAGAAAUAAAAGCUGAAAUAAAUAAUUCUCUCUACUUUUAUUCUGACAUUUCACAUUCUUAAAAUAAAGUACUGAUCUUAACUGACCUAAGACAGAGAAUGUUGUCUAUGAUUAAAUGUCAGGAAUUGUGAAAAACUGAGUUUAAAUGUAUUUGGCUAAGGUGUAUGUGUUCAGACAGGCCAAAAAAAAAAAAAAAGGAAACUGCAUAAAAGGCUAAAUAAAUAAAAAUAAAAUGAGAAAAAUAAAGUUUGCAUUGGAGAA